UCGUAACUGAAUCUUUGUGAUACCACAGUAAGGUAAAAAGCAAAAUCAUUGUUGAAACGAAGGAGGAUAUGGAUACCUCGACUAGGAAAGCAUUUUUUCACAAAUUACAGUCAAAUCCGCGCUGGAUAGACCAUGUGGUACCAAUGUUGCAAGCUGAAAAUGGAGAAGGAGACACUGCGAAGGAUUCGCCCUUCGAAUUAGUGGAAUCAGUCGUGAAUAUUCUCUUAAGCGCUGUGGCACAAUACGACUCGAAGUUUUCAUUCCAACCUGUCGAUGCGUCAAGUUUCUUCACGGAAAAGGAGAGGAACCAUUUUGAAUUGCUUCUUUUCCUUAGUUCAGACAGCCUUCGCCCUGCCGAAAUACGUUUGCAACAAGAAGGAUGUUCUCCGGGUGUCACGCUGGUCGAGGUGAUUCAAAACACGCACACUCUCAACACAUGGAAAAGUGAAUGCAGCAGAUCUUCUUCCGGACAGGAAUAUUUGUCAUCGAAAAUGUUACGAAAUGCAUUUUCUAAUCUUCUGUCCAUAUUGCUUACAGACAUGUUAUAUUUGCAGCUAUACCAUAACAAAACAACCCGUGGCAUUGAGGUCAGGAAUAUUUCUUCUGACAAUGAGGUCCGUGUUGAGAUUGACUUCCGAGGUUUGAUACUAACUGUUGACUUGUUAACUGCUAUUGAUUGCGAAGGUUUAUUGCCGAUUCACACUUAUCCUUCAAAAGGAAAAAAACUGGGUCACAAAAGAAACUCGCCUUCUAAACGGAAAACAGUUAACUGUGGGAUUCAGCUGGUUUCGAAAGCUACCUCGGUGGAGUAUCAUUGGAGAAUUUGGUAUUGCAAAGCAGAGAGAUUUGAGCUCGAUUUCAAAAGAUUUCCUCAAAGAUGGGAAAGUUUUCAGCUCUUUAAAACAUUGGUUUACAAAAAACUUGGUUGCAAUUUUCUUAAGCCAUACCUAUUACAGACUGUUUUGUUACACGAAUGCGCAAAAUUUUCUGAUGUAGAUCAGUGGACCGAAGAGAAACUCCCUUCUCGUUUUCAUGGUCUCGUCGAGGUUUUAGAGUCGUUCGCUCGUGAUAAGAAUUGUCCCCAUUUCUUCAUUCCGUCUUUAAACUUGUUCACUGAAAUAAGCAAUGAAGAUCUGAAGGGCUUAUGUAGAAAGAUUAAAUUCAUCAGAGAAAGAUGUGGAAAAGUUAAAGGGCAAGAAAGCUUUCUGGAAAAAGAUUGAGUCUUCCAAUUAUUGCGAAUAGAAAACAGAUGGUUGUAAAUGACCGUGGAUGUUUUUUUAAUAGGACUUAUUUUUGUAUUUAUAUGUCAAGUUAUUCUAAUAUUUUUCUGAAUCUGCGACGGAAAGGCUUUUGAGUUUCACCUACUGAUUGGUUGUGAUUCUUAGCAAAUAUGUAGCUAGUUAUGGUUUAGUUCAGAAAUCUGGGUAUUUGAAUCGUGCAAGUGUUUGUCAAGACAAAGGUGGGGUACUAAAAGGAAUGUGUUCUGAUAUAUUUUUGUUUGAGUAGAAAAUAA